AUGAUCCUGUACAGCGGACGUCCCACCCUCACUUCCUGUUUCCUCCUGCUCCAUUGUUCUGCACACUUCCUGCUUCCUGUGGCCCACCUUCUUCAGGAGCUGAGGAAACACAUGCACACAGCACUCCUCCUGCACCUCCUCCACCUGAGCAGGUCCCUCCCGACAAGUUUGUCAGAGAAACUCCCGCGGAGAUUGGACCUACGGCACGAGCUGACACGAGCCGAGACACAGCGGGUCCCACCCCAACCGAACCGGCCCGACCACAGCCGGAGCAGGGGUGCCCGGGUCCUGGCCCAGACGGGUGGCUCUGUCCCAGUCUGCAGUGGCUCUGUCCCAGUCUUCAGUGGCUCUGUCCCAUCCCAAUCUGCAGAAGCUCUGUCCCAAUCUGCAGUAGCUCUGUCCCAGUCUGCAGUGGCUCUGUCCCAGUCUUCAGUGGCUCUGUCCCAAUCUGCAGAAGCUCUGUCCCAAUCUGCAGUAGCUCUGUCCCAGUCUGCAGUGGCUCUGUCCCAGUCUGCAGUGGCUCUGUCCCAGUCUGCAGAAGCUCUGUCCCAAUCUGCAGUAGCUCUGUCCCAGUCUGCAGUGGCUCUGUCCCAGUCUUCAGUGGCUCUGUCCAAAUCUGCAGAAGCUCUGUCCCAAUCUGCAGUAGCUCUGUCCCAGUCUGCAGUGGCUCUGUCCCAGUCUGCAGUGGCUCUGUCCCAGUCUGCAGUGGCUCUGUCCCAGUCUGCAGGGGCUCUGUCCCAGUCUGCAGAAGCUCUGUCCCAAUCUGCAGUAGCUCUGUCCCAGUCUGCAGUGGCUCUGUCCCAGUCUGCAGUGGCUCUGUCCCAGUCUGCAGUGGCUCUGUCCCAGUCUGCAGUAGCUCUGUCCCAGUCUGCAGUGGCUCUGUCCCAGUCUGCAGUGGCUCUGUCCCAGUCUGCAGUGGCUCUGUCCCAGUCUGCAGUGGCUCUGUCCCAGUCUGCAGUAGCUCUGUCCCAGUCUGCAGUAGCUCUGUCCCAGUCUGCAGUAGCUCUGUCCCAGUCUGCAGUGGCUCUGUCCCAGUCUGCAGUGGCUCUGUCCCAGUCUGCAGUGGCUCUGUCCCAGUCUGCAGUAGCUCUGUCCCAGUCUGCAGUGGCUCUGUCCCAGUCUGCAGUGGCUCUGUCCCAGUCUGCAGUGGCUCUGUCCCAGUCUUCAGUGGCUCUGUCCCAAUCUGCAGUAGCUCUGUCCCAGUCUGCAGUGGCUCUGUCCCAGUCUGCAGUGGCUCUGUCCCAGUCUGCAGUGGCUCUGUCCCAGUCUGCAGUAGCUCUGUCCCAGUCUGCAGUGGCUCUGUCCCAGUCUGCAGUGGCUCUGUCCCAGUCUGCAGUGGCUCUGUCCCAGUCUGCAGUAGCUCUGUCCCAGUCUGCAGUGGCUCUGUCCCAGUCUGCAGUGGCUCUGUCCCAGUCUGCAGAAGCUCUGUCCCAAUCUGCAGUAGCUCUGUCCCAGUCUGCAGUGGCUCUGUCCCAGUCUGCAGUGGCUCUGUCCCAGUCUGCAGUGGCUCUGUCCCAGUCUGCAGGGGCUCUGUCCCAGUCUGCAGAAGCUCUGUCCCAAUCUGCAGUAGCUCUGUCCCAGUCUGCAGUGGCUCUGUCCCAGUCUGCAGUGGCUCUGUCCCAGUCUGCAGUGGCUCUGUCCCAGUCUGCAGUAGCUCUGUCCCAGUCUGCAGUGGCUCUGUCCCAGUCUGCAGUGGCUCUGUCCCAGUCUGCAGUGGCUCUGUCCCAGUCUGCAGUGGCUCUGUCCCAGUCUGCAGUAGCUCUGUCCCAGUCUGCAGUAGCUCUGUCCCAGUCUGCAGUAGCUCUGUCCCAGUCUGCAGUGGCUCUGUCCCAGUCUGCAGUGGCUCUGUCCCAGUCUGCAGUGGCUCUGUCCCAGUCUGCAGUAGCUCUGUCCCAGUCUGCAGUGGCUCUGUCCCAGUCUGCAGUGGCUCUGUCCCAGUCUGCAGUGGCUCUGUCCCAGUCUGCAGCUCCUUAG